UGCCUCAAUAUUUAAUUAUUUGGAUACGGCCUAAUAAGCCCUUGAUUGGCACCAGUAUCAACAUUUGAGAGUGCGGUUCCCCACUUCUCCACACAUAUGUAGAGGAGCCGGCCUGGUAAGGUCUUUAUUAUAGACCUGAGAGGCGGGGGUAGUCAUCUCUUGCGCUCCCUCGGGCGCCAUCUUGUACCGGAGGGCCGACUGUACUUACGCCUUCUUGCCGGGGAGAUAAGUGUGGCCUGUAGUUGUGGAGGCCACUGCAGACACACCAGCAGCCGGAGUCAGCUGCGGCAGGGAGAUCAGCUGCGCAGAGAGGAUUCUGGCGAGAGAGCCGGCAUGUGAGAGAAAUACCUUGCAAUGUGUGGUUCUGAGGCCAGAGUUUAUCAGAAUAUGACAGGAAUUUCAAGUGGAGAUCCUAUGAUGCAGAUCAGUUGCCGAUGUCUACAUGGGCCGGCCUUCCUUCUGCUGAUCUUGGUAUUACUAGAGAGCCCAACUUUCCUUCAAAACGAAGAGUUCCAUAUUAUAAUCCCCAGAUUGGAAAAACAUUUAAUUGGAAAGUAAAUGAUGGUUUAGCUGCAGAAAGUGCAACGUUAUGUCAAGAUGUUAACAAGCAUUCCACGGCUGAAGAGAAAAUACGCACCCCAGAGGCUCCGAGAUUGCAAAAAAAAUCCAGAUCACAGUCAGUACCUAGAAAGGUGCCUGACAAUCACAGCUCUGCAGUUCCUAGAAUUCAGCCCAGUGACGAAAAUGAAGCAGUGCCCAUGACACAGGCUGCAAAUGGUAGUGCACCUAACAAUAAAGAAAUGCAGAAAAGCAAAAGACCCCAAGCGCCUGGUGAUGCAACUCAACCAAAAGACAAAAAUGGGUUUCACAGGGUCUUACAGAAGAAGGCAGGUAUGAAUGUAGCCCCUUCACACCAUCCGCUGAAGAUAUCUGAGUACAGAAGGCAGUUUGAAAGAAAGAGUCCCACAGAAAACUCACCAUUGCUGGCUGCUGAACAGGUCAUACAUAAUAAGAAUCAAUCAGUCCCACCAUUUAAGGAAAUUAAAGUCCGGACAGACACAGAGUAUAAAAGUCAGUUUCAGGGGUCACCACCAGCAAAGGGACCAAAGUUAAGAAAAAACUGGGAGGAAAAACAUAUUUUACAAUGUGAACAAGAAUCUCAUUCUCCUAAGAGGAAGGAAAAAAAGAAAGACGUUAGGAAAGUUGAAAAUGGCCAUGCUAACAUGGAUGCAUAUGAAAAAGAGCGAGAAGAAGUUAAUAGAAAGAUUCUUAAAGAACAAGUUCUUCAACAACUCAGAACUCCCAAGUAUUAUAGGAAUGCAAAGACGGAGUAUUCUUCAAACUUUUUAUCACCAUCCGAAUAUAAAUAUAAGGAUGGUGCAUGGGUGAAGAUAAAGAACCAAAUUCACAAUCAGGGUUCCUCUCUCAGUGUAGGCUCCAUGUGGGUUGCUGAGGUAAAAGAAUUACGAGAUAAAGCAGAGUACUAUAGACAUCGUGCCCAGGGAACUCACUUCUCCCGUGAACACUUCAAUCAGAUAAUCUCUAAUAGCAACAAACUUUGGGAUAUGUCUACAGACUCCGGCAGUGAAGAAGAUCUGAGCAGGAAUAUCAGAGCUCUAGAUCUGGCCGGAUUGCAAACACCUUCGAAGAAAGAAAAGUUCCAACAAUCGCCAGCAAAAGUGAAAAUGCCAUCUAAUACAGGGCACCUAGGGGCUUCGGAUGCUUCCACACUACCAGUUAGAAGGAAAUUAGUUUGGGAUGAAUGUGAUGAUGCAGCACCAACAGAAAAUAAAGAACCUUUGCAAUUUGAGGAUGAAACCGAUGAAUUGGAAGAGAGAAAACGCACAGAAGAAGAAAACACAACAGAACAGCACUUAGAACACAACAAUGGAAAAAGAAGUAUGCAGAAAACAUUCAAUGCAAAAUAUAAUCCUUCUGAAGAUGAGUCUGACAUUUCCUCAGUGUCAGUGGUUGAAGGAAGACUUCCUACUCCAAAAUUAAAAACCUAUGGGCUAGCACAGAGGACUCAUCAUGACCGAACUACUCCAACCGCAGGUGGAGCUCUUUUAGUAUCCCCAAGUAAACAUCAGGACAAUUCAGAACUCAAACAUAUCAAAUCCCCCCAAAAAACACUCUCCAACGGUUUGCAUCAAGGAAAAUCCAAAAAGGAUGAGGUGGACCAGCCUGUAAAAUCCCCUCCUGUUGCUGGUCUGAUGACUGUUGAUCCAUUGCCACUGAGAGAGGAUCCAUGGCCAAGUCCACAUAUUUCCAGUAAAACUUCUCCAGCAGCUAUAACAUAUCCAGUCAACAAUCCAGUGGAGAAACCUUUUGUGCUAACAUCUCAGCAUUGGAAUCCAUCAUGUCGAAUCCAUGGAUCAUUGCGAGACCCUGAAUUUCAGCAUAAUGGAAACUUUAACGGUUACAGUUUUUACAAUGCAGCACUUAAUGGAGACAAUAGCAUUGAAGAUGACCUACUUUCGCAAAUAUCUGCUAGAUCAGCAGCUUCGAGUUCUCUGGCGUCUCAAGUUUUAGAGCGUGCACAGAAAAGAAAACAGUCGUUCUGGGGAAAAAAGUGACAGCACAAGUCAGCUGCUGAAUGCAUUUAUUUAUAAGAGCAAUCAUGUGAUAGAUUUGAAAGAAGUGUGCUAAUGUUUAUUUUGCAUUUCAAUAUUAAAUUAUUUUAAUUUUAUUUUUUUUAAGAUGUUUUUUCCUUUUUGUUUAUAACCUUGAUCUGGAAUUGUAACCAUCAAGAUUUUGUGAUUCUUCUGAAACUACAUUUAAAGUUUUUAUGCAGAAAAUGUUCUAUGGCAGUGAAAACAUAACAGUGGUAAAGCACAGCCAAAAACAUUCUUAUUCAGAGUGGAUUUAACGGGAACCCUGUGACAUUGUAGGUACAGUCCUAUUAAAGGCCAGUAUGCUAUAGAGCAGGAGAAGCUGAGCAGAUUGAUAUAUAGUUUUCUGGAAAAAGAUUCAGUAAAACUUGUAUUAAAUUAAAUCUUUGCUUUUUCUAGUCUUUUUUGAGUAAUGUGGGCGGUCAUACUUGAUGUGUGUGCAUACAGAAAUAGCUGUCAGUCACUAAUCAGGACCACCCACAUAACUCCUAAGCCUAGAAAGCGCAGAGAUGUAAAUGGCUAAAAGACAAGUGACACUGAAUCUUCUCCCACAAAACGGUAUAACAAUCUGCUCACCGCCUCCUGCUCUAUAACAUGCUGCCCUCUAAGAGGGCUGCACCUACAGUGUCACGGGUUCCUUCUAACAACCGGAGCAGCCCUAAAAGAUAUUCACAUAAUACCAAAUAUUUCUAAAUUACUCUGUAAUGAAGACACGGUGUACAAUUAUCUUAUUUUUUUGUGUGGGUAAAGGGUCUGCGUCAGCCAUAUCUUUAUUAAUUAACACAUGACUUCACAAUUUACCAUUUUUUUUUUAAUCAUUUUGCAUGCCAGAAAACUAUGAUAACCAUGUCUUAAAGGGGUUAUCUCAUGACUAAUGUAAAAAAUUAAAAUCAGACAUCAUAUAGUACAUGACGACCUCUUUCUAAGCCAGAACCAGACCUAUACCUCACGUGUAUCCAGAGAUCUCCCUAAUCAUUGCUCUGCUAGAUUUAUUUUAAGCUGGCAGCUCAGGGGAGUGUCUUUUCUGCUGCAGCUAAGGGGGCGUGUCCAUUCCACUUUAGCUCUCUCCCAGUUGAAGGCAGUUGAAGGAUGAAACUGAGCAUGUGCUGCCUUCUCUGUGAUCAGGUCAAAACAUAAGAAUAAAAACAAACAGCAGAUGGCACUAUACAGAUACAUUUUAUUGAAUAACUCAGUGGCUGUGCUACAUUUUUUAUUAAAUGUAAUUACAAAAGUAUAUUCUUCAUGGGACAGCACCUUUAAGGCCCAUUAACACAGACCAAUGAGCAGAUAAAUGAACAUUCCUUCCUGCUGAUCAGCUGAAAAACAAGCAAAUAUUAGUUUGUUGGCUGAUUAUAUUUUAUGCUGCCAACAAUAAUGAAACUGUAUGUAACCGAACAAUCGCAUUAUGAUUGAUGUAUCUCAUAUGGUGACGAUGAUUGCUUCAUAUAAAUGGAGCUAAACAAGCCCCAAAGCUAAACAAGUUCUUCAAGGCGUAGUAGGCCAGAUACAACCAGAGCGAACACAAGGCAAUGAGCCCAUACUCAUUGCAGCAUUUUAGAAAAGCUCAGGUCUAUCUCUCUAGUCUUGCCAGUGAAAACAGCAAAAGUUCUCUGUUUAGUUGCUUGUAUUUGCUCUAAGGGUGGCUGCACACAGUGUGGAUUACGAGCGAGUUUUCUGUGCAGAUUUUGUGCAGUGAAACCGCAGCAUAAUACGGUACCAGAAAAGUAAAUGAGAUUUGACAAUUUUUUUUUUUAUUAGGUUCGGAAACUGACCUGCCAUACAGACCUCCCUUGAAUAGUGGAGUUUUUUGUUUUCGCAUUAUCAUUUUUCUUCCCUGUUUUAUCAGAGCCAUAACUUUUUUAUUUUUCUGUUCAAAUAGCCAUAUGAGGACUUGUUUUUUGCAGGACAAGUUGUACUUUCUACUGCCACCAUUUAAUGGGACAUACAAUGUAGUGGAAAGCUAGAAAUAAAAUUCCUAAUAGGGUGGAUUUGGUCAAAAAUGCCACAGUUUUAUGGGUUUUGUCUGUUCAGCAUUCCCUAUGUGGUAAAAUUGACCUGUGUCCUUCAUUCUCUGGGUCUGUACGAUUGCAAAGAUACCAUAUUUUUAUAGUUUUUCUCGGGGCUGUGUAGGGGCUCAUUUUUUGUGAGACGAUCUUUAGUUUUUAUUGAUACUAUUUUGGAGUGUGUGUGACUUUUUGAUCACAUUUUGUUUAAUAUUUUGGGAUAAGUGAUAAAAAAAAUGGCGAUUCGGCCAUUUUGAUGUUUUUUCCUGUAAUCCCUUUCGACAUAUAGAAUAAAUAUUUUUAUAUUUUAAUAGUUCAGGUGUUUUUGGAAAAGCGGUGAUAGUUAUUGAUAAUUAUAAAUAAUAUAUAUUAUAACUGAUCAUUACAUUUUUUUAUUUUAAUAUUAGAAAUUCUUAUAUUUUUUUUAUAUUUUUUUAAAACUUUUUUAACCUUUAUUUUAGAGUCCCCUCUGCCCCAGGAGACUACAAUAUGCAACAUUCUGAUUUAUUUCAGGUCAGACUGUAGUUCAAUAGAACUACAGUCUUAGCUUGAUUUGUGGUUGUCCUAUGGAAGGCCUGUCACCUACAGUUGGCAGAAAAUCCACAUGAGAAUUCGCAACAAAAAACACACCAAAACUACAACAGUGUGGAUUUAUGUGCAUUUUUUGUGCAGUUUGAAUGCAGAUUUCAUGCAGAUUAUCUUCGCCAUGUGCAGCCACCCUAACCAUUUUAUCUGAUAUUGAUAUCACUAAUCUAUGAAUGAUGAACAAAAGUCUGUUAGCAAAUUCCUUUGGCAAAAUUGAUGGGUCAUGUUGGCUUUCAGCAAGUUUUGUCCUUUGUUCCAGUUGGGGAUAAACCACUAGCACAUCUUUACUCUCCUUUUCCCAUUGAAACAGUAGCCAACUUUGCCAAACUGCAUAUUUUAUAAGAGUCAGAGAAAAAAAUCUGUCGGCUGGCUUUAACGAUAGAAAUAUUUUUAUAGUAUGUAUACACAUUUAUAUACCCAGUGUAAUCAAUCACCUUGAUCCAAGGAAGACUUUCAAAAUUUGUGGGGAUAUCAUUUUCAAGAUAUCUACUCAAGUCCAGUUGAGACUUGAUUUUCAUGUAUUAUACUACAGGGUGGGCCAUUUAUAUGGAUACACUUUAAUAAAAUGGGAAUGGUU